UUAGACAAAAAGGGAGAGAGUGUGUGGCUGUCAGCAAUUUUAUAAGAGAGACAAUCCGGAAAAAGAAAGUUUCUCAACCUUUCUCAACCUUUUUCUCUUACAAUAGACUUUUUCAACAUUUCAUUCUUAAAUAAAUUUUUUUUCCAAUUUUUAGAUUUUAAAAGCUUAAAAUUAUUAAAUACAAUGGAUAUCGAUUCUAAAAAUAAAAAUAUUUUAAGAGACUCUCUCUCCUCAGAGGUUUUGACGGACAUUUUCUCCUUUUUACCCCGAAAAAAAUUAAUUAAAAAUGUCGAGCUUGUCAACAAAUAUUUUUUUGAACUUUCCAAAGAAAAUGUAAAAUCUGCCCAUUUAAUCACUAAAAAUGAAAAUUUUAUCCAAAAUUUGGCGAAUAAUUUGGAAGAAGCUAAACAACAAUAUUUAAAUUUAUCUUCAAGUGAAUGUAGUUUAGCUGAACAUUUUGCUUUAAAAAAUGUUUUUAAUGUUGUAAUUAGCAGUGAUGAGAAAACGAAUAACCCUCAAUAUAAGGAAUUAUUAAAUAACCAAGCCAUUCUAAAUUGUCAACUACUCGAAAUUUUCAACGACAAAAUUUUUAACGAACCAGGCGUUGAUUCAAUAGUUAACUGGCUUCAUUAUAAAAAAAUUAAUGAGGGGACUUGUAAAAAUUAUUUUGAUAAUACAUGCCGUAAUUUAUGUCUUAUGAAAUAUAAUAUGGCUAAUGAAUUAAUUGAAAGAUGCAAAAAGGCGAAAUUUACUCGAGUCCGUAAGUACAGAAGAUUGCCGUUUUUAUUUAUUGAUAUUCCAUUCUGACAAAAUUUUGAAUGAAUUUUCUUUGGAAAAUACAAGGAGUGGGGAAAUUAUU